UUAGGGUUUGCUGGAGGAGGAAGAAUGCCUGCGCCCAAGUACCACUGCGAUUACUGCGACAAGACGUUUGUGGAUGGUCCCGCCGCUCGACGCAAGCAUCUCCAGUCGCCGUAUCAUCAGAUUACGAAGAAAGCGUGGUUUGAUUCUUUCCGAGAUCCUGCGGAGCUCCUGGCCGAGAAUCCUAACCGGGGAAUUUGCGCCAAGUUCACGCGAACGGGAAAUUGUGAGUAUGGAUUCAGGUGCAAGUAUAUACAUCCAGCGCGAUCAUCUCAAACUUUUCCAGCUGGUGGUCCUAGGAACGCGGCAUUUUCUGGACGCUUUGCAAUUCCUCCUUCCUUACAACCCCCACCAGAAGAAGGAUACGCUGCUACUACAGGGCCAGUGCCUGACUGGGGAUGAAUCACUUCCUCCGUGGCCUUUCCACAGCUUCCAGUUGACGACAGUUUUCCUCUGAGGUCUGUGACACGGGCGAGAUUUUUUUUUUUUCUCGUUCGGUGGCAUGUCGUCCUCCCGUAACCGUUACUUUUACGUUGGUGGUGACAAGCAGUGAAAUGAAACUCGAGCGAUGACGGUCUCCGCUGCUUACACGCACAACACACCAACAAAAAAAAAAAGAGGCUCUCUUAUCUCUCUUCGCGGCGGCAGCAGCAGUCUUUAGGCAGAGAAUGUCUCUGACUUAAUGAUUGUUUACUGAUCUUAGUCCCUUUCAGGUCUGCGGUUGCGGACAACUUGGUACGACUGUGUUGUACAGCGAAGAUGUGGAGUUACAGAAGCCAUGGCCUUAUACGAUCAAGGGCAAGCCACAGUGACAGACCAGGGAGAAGGGAAAAGAACUGGCCUUUUUUUAAAGCGCUGGAGACAUCACGCGAGGACAGUGUACAAAGCUCGAGCUCUAUCAGUUUUGCGGAUAACUCUCCAGCUCAGUUAGCGUCUUUGUCGAGGUGGACGCUGACGUGGGUGGAAGAUCGGACUCCACGUCUGGGCAGUGUCGUGGCCUCAUUGCCAUCCUUUCGUCCGGGAGGCUGGAAGUCAGUGUAGUGGGAAAGCCAGGCCUUAUUUGGAGCUCGUGAAAGUGAGGUUGGUCGCUUACAAGGAAGAACAGGGACCCAGGCAACUCAAGGAAAUCUCAUUGGAGCUUACUGGAUCGUCAUGGGAUGAAA